CGCCCGAGCAGAGCGGUGGGGAAGCCACUAGUGGAAGAAGCUGGAAGAGACGGAAAACACGGAGACGGACACAAGACACGGACAGGAGACGGAGACACAGCCCCGAACACAGCGCCUCGUCCCGGCUGACCAUCUGCAGCCUUCCCCGGAGCUCGGACAUUAGCCGGAGACGAUAUGUGAACGCUCGGUUUUUUUUGGGUUUUUUUUAGCUUUUUUUGUGUGUUGUUGUUCCUCCACAGACCUUAUUUCACAACCGAGGGCAGCCGCAGUGAUCACAUCUUCCUGGGCCUUGUGGAUUGUCUCUCUGCCUUUGUCUAAAGGGAUUUCGUAUUGAUCACUACGUCCUCACAAAGCCCAUGGAUUACAGUGAGGGUGUUGGAAAGGCCUUGAUUACAGCUACGUCAACACUAUGACAUAUUUCAAGUCAAGAAAAGCCACAGCAGAAGACUGACAGGAGUUUCUUUUUUCACAUUUCACUCUCACAUUUCAGAUAUUUUUGGGACACCCAUCUUACAUUUAUUCUCUGCGUUUUGUGUAGUUUUGAGCAUGCAUUUUUGAUUUAGUCAUUUGACCCAGAUCUUUGCAGUAAACGCCCGACUUUCUGUCAUCAUGUACGGUAGUUCCCGUUCUGUCUCAAAGCUGGAUGUUGUCGGAUCCAAUGGUAACGGGUCGGCAUCUGGGAGUCCCGGUCGCUCCCCACGCCUCCCACGCUCCCCACGUUUGGGACACCGGCGGAACAGCAGCAGCAGCUCCACCGGUGGGCUUACUGGCACUGGGAAAACGUUAUCCAUGGAGAAUAUUCAGUCUCUGAAUGCUGCCUACGCUACUGGGGGUCCCAUGUACUUCACCGACACAGCUGACGAUCCGGUUGGCAUUGGGAGUCUGGGCAGUGGGCUGAAUCCCUCGCUGCCCAAAAGCACCAUGACCCUUGGCAGGGCUGGGGCCAGGGUCCCCUAUGGGGUCAGGGCGGCUGUCAUGGGGAGCAGUCCCAAUAUAAACUCUGGAGGGGGAAGUGCUGGAGCGGUCGUGCCUAGUGACGCAAUAGCAUUUGGUGGGGAACUGCAAAACCAGCCUCCACAGGCCGCUACAGUACCCCACUCCAUGAGACAGGUGAGAGAUGGUGCAAUGUCUGACCUUCAGACUCAGCUAAGAGAAGUACUAAGAGAGAAUGAACUACUGCGCAGAGAGCUGGAGGGCAAAGAGUCCAAGCUGAGUUCUUCCAUGAACUCCAUUAAGACAUUUUGGAGUCCAGAGCUGAAGAAAGAAAGAGCGCUGAGGAAGGAUGAAGCCACGAAGAUGGCUGUGUGGAAGGAACAGUACAGAGUGGUUCAGGAGGAAACACAGCAUCUUCAGUGCACCAUCCAGGCUUUACAAGAUGAGCUCAGGAUCCAGCGCGAUCUCAACCAGCUCUUCCAGUCCGAUUACUCUGAGUCUGGCCGCCUCAACCAGUCCAUCCCUCCUCAAGAAAUGACGGAGGAGAACUUCCUGCGUCUCCACGGCGAGUACGAGCGGCAGGUUAAGGAACUCUUCCUCCUGAGGAAGACUGUUGAAGAAAUGGAGCUGAGGAUAGACACACAGAAACACACACUAACUGCCAGGGAUGAGUCAAUAAAGAAGUUACUGGAAAUGCUGCAGAGCAAAGGCCUGUCUGCUCGGGCAACAGAGGAGGACCACGAGCGAACGAGGCGACUGGCCGACGCUGAAAUGACCAUCCACCAGCUGGAGGGUUUUCUGGAGCAAAGAGACAAGGAGAUGCUACAGCUCAGAGAGGAGCUGCACAGGAGAUACGAAGCAGCUCCAGAAUCAACCAAGACCAAGGCCCUGCAGACAGUCAUCGAGAUGAAGGAUGCAAAAAUCAGCUCGAUGGAGCGCGGCAUGAGGGAGCUGGAGGAGGAGGUGAUCAUGCUCAAGUCCAACGGAGCUCUGAGCAGCGAGGAGAGGGAGGAGGAGAUCAAACAGAUGGAGGUCUACAGAUCCCACUCCAAGUUCAUGAAGAACAAGGUUGAGCAGCUGAAGGAAGAGCUAACUCACAGCCAGUCAGAGAAGGAGGAGCUAAAGCAUCGAGUCAAUGAGCUUCAGCAGGAGGUGUCUGCAAUUGAACAGGCAAAGCAGGAGCUGAGUCGUAAGGACAGCGAGCUGUUGGCUCUCAGGACCAAACUGGAGACUCUGAACAACCAGUUUUCUGACAGUAAACAACAUGUGGAUGUGCUGAAGGAGUCACUCACUGCCAAGGAACAGAGAGCUGCCAUACUACAGACUGAGGUGGAUGCCUUGCGUCUCCGUCUGGAAGAAAAGGAGUCUCUUCUGUCUAAAAAGAGUCAGCAGAUAUCAGAGCUGACGGAGGAGAAAAGUACUCAGCAAGGGGAGAUCACCGACCUCAAAGACAUGCUGGACGUCAAGGAACGCAAAGUCAAUGUGCUACAGAAGAAGAUAGAGAACCUCCAGGAUCAGCUGCGGGAUAAGGAGAAACAGCUGAGCGGCCUGAAAGACCGAGUCAAGUCUUUGCAGACGGACACCUCGAACACAGACACCGCACUGGGAACACUGGAGGAGGCUCUGGCUGAGAAGGAGCGUAUCAUCGACCGGUUGAAGGACCAGCGUGAAAGGGAGGAGAAGGAAAAGGGGGACGAGAUGGAGUCCAGCAAGAAGGAGCUGAAAGAGCUGAGGGAGAAAGUCUCCCAGCUGCAGGCUGACCUGGCUGACCGUGAGACGUCAGUGUUGGAUCUGAAGGAGAAAGCUUCUUCUUUAGCCUCCUCGACUCUGAAGAAGGACAACAGGCUGAAAAGUCUGGAAAUCAGCCUGGAGCAGAAGAGAGAGGAGUGCAUCAAACUGGAGAACCAGCUGAAGAAGGCCCAGAGUGCAGCGGCCGAGUCCCAGGCCAGCACUGAACUCUCUGAACGCAUCUCCUGCCUGGAGCAGGAAGUGACCCAGCACAAAGAGGAUGCUGGGAAAGCCCAAUCUGAGGUGGAACGACUUCUGGAGAUCCUCAGGGAGAUGGAGAAUGAAAAGAACGACAAGGAGAAAAAGAUCCACGAAUUGGAGAGUCUUGCCUCAAGACAGAUGAAGGACCAGUCGAAGAAAGUGGCCAACCUGAAGCACAAGGAGCAGCUGGAAAAGAGCAGGAACGCCCAGCUGAUGGAGGAGGCCAAGAAGAGAGAGGACAAUAUGAACGAAAGCUCCCAGCAGAUAAAGGACUCCCUCCGUCAUAAGGAGGAUCGCAUUGAGGAGCUGGAGGAGGCGCUGAGGGAGAGCGUUCAGAUCACAGCAGAGAGGGAGGUGGUUCUUGCCCAGGAGGAGCAGGCCCGAACACAAGCCGAGAAACAGCUCUCUCACAUUCCAAUGCAUGAGUUCACCACAAGCGGAUUUAGGUGGUCAAAGGUGGAGGACCUGCUGGUUGCCAUGGAGAAGGUAAAACAGGAACUGGAGGUGAUGAAAGCCAAGCUGUCGUCAACACAGCUGUCACUGGCCGAGAAGGAGGGUCACCUGACCGCCCUGCGAGCCGAGAGGAGGAAACACCUGGAGGAGGUCCUGGAGAUGAAGCAAGAAGCACUGCUGGCAGCAAUAAGUGAGAAAGAUGCCAACAUCGCCCUACUAGAGCUCUCCUCGUCCAAGAAGAAGAAAACCCAGGAAGAGGUGGCAGCUCUGAAAAGGGAGAAGGAUAGUCUGGUUCAGCAGCUUAAACAACAGACGCAGAACAGGAUGAAGCUGAUGGCCGACAACUACGAGGACGACCAUCUGAAGGUCACAUCUCCAAACUCAGAGCAGCCCAACAAUCACAAGCCCUCCCCAGAUCAGAUUCUCUCUCCACUCCUGGAUCUCAAUCAGAAUCGCAGUAAACUGAAGCUGUACAUCAGUCACCUGACCUCCCUGUGUCAGGAGCGAGACCCAAUCAUAUUGCAGGACUUUGCCCCGCCCCCCGCCUAUCACCGCUCUGACUCCGCCUCCUGGCAUACGCAGCUGCACAGCAUGACGCAGGAACAGUUGGAGGCGGAGUUAGCUCUGUGUGAGAGGGAGGGGGCGGAGCUCCAGGAGUACGCCAACCAGGUCCUGCAGCAGAUCGCUGACCGGUGCCCCGACAUUUUGGAACAAGUUGUCAACGCCUUGGAGGACAGCUGCUGACAGAUCAACACACACACUGACUGACAUCCACACAUUCAUUAGCAUUUAAAGUCAGAAGGCAAGAAAACACGCAGCAAACGUCGAACACUCAGUCGCACACACAGACCCAUCAGAAGACUCCAGAUGCACCCCAUAAUAAUCCCCUCGUACACAAAUGAAAUCACAGUGUUGGAUGGAUGAAGAUGAAGACUUUCCCUUCCUUGGCUCUUCUGUUACCUGCUGUUCUGUUACCUGCUCUUCAGUCAUCUCAUUUCCACAGUCGGGAAAAGCAGAUGUAAGAAAAAAAAUCCUGUUAUUACUGAAAGAUAUUCCUCCGCAGUGUCUUUAGUCGCUAUGAUUUUGAACAAACUGUGCCAGCUGAAGGAAAUAGUGUUCAUUUUUCAGUUCAAAGUGCUCUGUUGGCAUGUGAGUUAAUUGGAAAUAGUUGAUGUUCUACAUGUAUUUUCCUAAAAAAAAAAAAAAAAGUCCGACACAGAAGGAGCCUUCACUGCACUCGCCAUCUGGGACACUUCACAGCGGCCAUCUUGUGUCCUGGCGAUCAGCAGUCGGACUCUGGGAAAAUAUUCUCGAACCUUAAUAAAAAGGGUGAAAUUGGGUUGAGUUUGCCAGGUUGUUUCUGAUGUUAGACUUACAUUCUGUUGCCACAUUGUUAUUUGAUUGGUGCAGAUACAAAAGUGUGUUUAUUUCAGCUGCCUUUAGCUCCUUACAUCAUUUGCUGCUAUUUUUUUUAACUUUUAGCCUCUGUUUUUCUUUUUUCUUCCAUCUCUUGUGUUUUUUUUUUUCUUUUUCAGGUGUCUGAUGAAAUGUCCCGACUUGUAGUUUCCUUCAGCAGUAAUCUCUAGAUAGUUGUGUAAAUUGCAAAAGCGAGAGGUUUAAUUAACAGAUACACAGCUUUCAUCAGGGGGGAACACGACACUUUAAUCUAUUUGUUUUCCAUUACAGAUGAAAGGCACAAACUACAAUAAAUCUCGCAAUGCUCCCUUUAUUAAAACACACCAGUGUUGAUGGUUUGUGUUUCUUUUUAACCUCAGAAAGCAUCUUGUCUUGUUCACUUAACCCCCUUUUCGACCAGGGUGGAGCCCGUUCGGAGUUGGAGCCGGCGCCCGACUUGGCGCCGGUUUUUUGUGUUUCGACCACCGGAGCUGCGGCUCUGGGCUCCAAAAACUGGGGCCGUUUCGGGCACCAACUCGUUGCUGGGCCAGAGGUGGCCAGAGUUGAGAGCCGAGCACGUCACGGGCAGAGGGCAGGGUGACAUCUAAAAACAUCUAAAAAGAUAAACAUAGAUAUGAUCAUCAACUUAUUGCGCAUGUUUAACCGCUAAGUAAUCAAUGCAAGUGUAGUCGAAGCUAAGUAGCUAAGCUAACGCUAGCACGUUUACUGUUAAGUAUCCAAACGUCUUUGAUAAUUACCUUUCUUCUCAAACGUGAUCGCCAGGCAUUGGAACGGCGACGCCGAUGAGUAACCCCUAACAGAAGGUUUUGCUGUUCAGCAAUGGCGAGACACACUAGCAAAGCCAUGUACACCACUCCAAUGAAGUCCUCAAUUGUUGUUGUGUGGGUUUCCGUACGGCAUGAACGCUGUUGAACGGCUACGUACGCAGUACGUACACACGUUUUGUGGUGGCGCAAUGACGCAGCUCCAACUUUGCUCCUUCUGAAUGGAAACACAAACCCGUUCUGGGGCGGCACGAGAUUUGAACCAAAACAGCACUGGCUCUCAACUUUGAACCAACCUAGCACCUGGUGCUCUUUGGUCGAAAAGGGGCUUUACAGAAGUUGAGUUCAGAUGAUUCCUCACAAAAAUCCCUUUUUGUGACAAUCCCUUUAGAGUUAACACGAGGUGAAAUCUGAACUUACCCACUUACUGAAACAUCUUUUGUUUUCUUUCUUUCCUGGGAGGGAGGGGAUAUAAAAAUAAAUGUUAUAUAAAUAUAUUUUUUGCUUUUGGUAAUAUAUAUAUAUAACACUAAUCUUGUUUUAAUUGAAGAUGUUGUCAGCUAUUGGUUGGUAUGCUACAUAACGUGUCAAAUUCUUUUCUUGUCUGGUUUGUGAGUUACCACAGAUUUGUUCCAUAAGCAGGACGCUGUUACUGGGAACGUAUGUUGCACCUACACGAGGCUCUGCGUCCACCGGGAGCAUUUUCUCAGAAUCGGUUUCUUGUUCUUGUUGUUUACAGUGGAAAUGACACUGCAUGUUUCCCACAGUGCUGACAGCCUUAGCAUGAUUUAAACGCUUACGGCACUGAGCACUAGAGGUUCAGAUUGUUUCGACUUAAAGCAAAAAUUCCUCUAACAGUCUGUUUUUUUCAGUCUUAUAAUGUAGUGAAGCCACGACACAGGAACCGUUUAGCUGCUCCCUGCAAAGAAACACCUGGUGGACACAAAGCCUCGAGUCUCGGAUUUACAACGCAAACUCAAAUCUGACUGCACACCUGGAUCUGAUCUGAAAGUAUAAAAAGAAACAGAGGGUUUAGUGUUUUGGCACCAAAGCAGUGAUUUAAAACUGCUCUAUGUCACAUGGGUGUAAAUGAGGAGUUCCAUUUCAAAGGUGUGUCAAAUCACCUGAUAUCGGCUAGAAUUUCUUCAAAUUUCUGAAAUCUUUAAAAGACUUAGUGACACUUCAGACUAUAAGUAAGGUUAAAACACAGUGAGUGUUAUAUUUUGACAUGAAACUCCGUCACAUAUGAGCUUGUGUUGUAAAUUCAGUAUUUUGUUGUCUGUUUUAUACUGAUAAUGUUUGUGACUGGCAAUGGCAAUGACUGGGACUCACUUUGAAUUUCUUGUGGAUUGAAAAUUGGAAUGAGAGAAUGGAAUAAAAUAUGGAUUUACCUUUA